AUGAGGGUUUGGGCCCACUCCCCCCGGGGUAAGCCUUGCUUGUACUUUUGGACUUCGGAAUCACCGCUCAAAUCACCAGGGAAGUACGGCCCUUCCUCAACCCUUCUCUCCUCCAUCGUCUUUCUGCUCGGUUUGUUCUUGUUCCUGUUCGUUUGCCGCCGAAAUGUCAUCUGUCAUGAAACGCCAUCAAUCGCCGUGGUCGAGCAGAACGUUUUUGCGCGGAUCGUCCGGAAAGAAGAGCCAGCGGACAUCGUCUACGAGGAUGACACGGUUAUGGCUUUCAAGGACGCGCACCCGGUUGCCCCAUGCCAUCUCUUGAUCGUGCCAAAAAGCGGGGCCGUCCGCGACCCGAGCCACCUGAACGUUCAACACGUCGACCUUUUGGAGCACAUGGUGGCGGUCGGCAAGCAGCUCUUGAAAGAGAGAGCUGGGCUCACGCCGAACCAGCAGACUGCCCAGGCGUCUCUAGGGUUCCACAUGGCGCCAUGGACACUGGUGCCGCACCUACACAUGCACGCUAUCGCGCCCCUGAGAAGUCUCAACAUCUGGCAACGAUUUCAUUUCCUCGUCGGGUCCUUCUGGUAUCAGUCGGCAGAAAAAAUCCUGGGUCGUCUCAAGAGCCAGCAGACCACCCAGCUUACCCUGUGACCGGAUUUUUUUUACGGAAUCGAACCGCGUGAAGAGCACUGCGCUUCCGGCCUGUGGGCUCCCGUGGUAUUUUCCGCAGUCGUGUCUCAGUUGGUGCAACUAGUGUAGGCCAAUGUAGCUGGCGAAUGGCCAUCUCGCCGUGUAUUCUAUUGUUGUCGUUGGUUUGUUGGUGUACAUGUUACCGUCCUUCUCGCGAAGGAGCAAGAGUUUACAGGACGUGGUAGGAAGCCCCAGUCAUGUCCAUGUCGUUUUCGCUGAGGACAGAACAAAAAACAUUCCCCGGAGCUGCCUUUUGAUUGGGGGGGCAGGGUCUCGUGUACAAUUUAUUUUUCUCCCCUAUUUUUGGAGGUGAUCUGUAAAAGGGUCACGUCUCCCCUGUGUGCCUGUCUGUCGAGAACGAUCCCCUCUUGUCACAUUUCCUGAGACUGGAAUUUUUGAAGAACCCUGAAUUAGGGAUUGCCACGAACAGUGUUCUGAAGGAAAGAAAAAAAUAAACAUGUACUAUGGUAAGAUUUUUCAAGCAAGUCGAUUGAUCGAUCGAGUGGUGCACAUUGUUGGCGGUGGCUCACUGAGGUUGGAGGUUGGAUUGAAAGUCGAGUUGAUUUGGCUUGGCUUGGCUUGGCUUGGCUCAGUUGCCGUCAUUCGUCUGGUCUCUCACGGCUAAUCUAACCUCACGGUAGUUGUGUCCAUCAUGUACUCUGUACGGUAGUGCAGCAGCAGGCAGCAUGCUGAUCUAAAUCUAUCUCAUGAGUUUCGCCGCACUACGCGAUGAGGAUGAACGUGAGCGUAGCAUUAUGCUGCGGCGGUUUUUU